CCUCUCUUCCCCCCUCAACCUCUACUGCCCCCGAAAGGGAGCUUCCUCAAAUCUUGCUCUCACCAUCUCCUUCUCCUCCAUCCACAGUGUCACUAUCGUUUGCAGACCACCUCCACUCGGACCGCUUCCCGGAGUCCACAAACUUGCUGAACUCCAGCCCAGCGCCCGCGGCCGCGCGGGAUGAAGGGCUUGUGGAAGCAGAGCGGCCUGGCGGCGAUGGCGUGCGCCGACUUCGGCCACCUCAACCCGCUGGGCCGCUCGCGGCGCCGCGCGAGGCUCGUGGUGUACGGAUUCGCGGUGGCCUUCGCCGCGUUGACGGCCUACAUCGCCUUCUCCUCGGCCCCCGCCGGCGCCGUCGCCCGCGGGGGAGACUCGUGGUUCGGCGGGGUCUACGCUUCCACGGCGCCUUACCGCUCGCAGAUUUCGACCUUCUUCUCGUCCAUCUACCCCAAGAACUCCUCUUCCCCCUCGCCGGAGCCCCGUGGUGGCCCGGCCAGCGGAUCGAGCAGCGAGGUGAGUCGUGAUGGGGAUAGUAGUACGGUAGUGGGGAGCAGAGUAGGAAGCCGUAGUUCAGCUACAGAUGAGUCUACUGAGCAGUUAGGAAGCGGUGGCGUUGCGCCAAGCAGCAAUGCCGGUGGCGUGAGUGCACCGUCGGCUGGAAAUUCAGCCGGAACUGGCACCGCAGCUGGGCAGAGCGGCGGGGAAGCUCCGGCGAGUAAUUCUGCCGCAAGUGGCGGUGCGCCGAUUAGUGCGGCAGAUCAGAACAAAGAAAACAGUGUACAUAGUUCUAGUAGUCAGGCAGGGGGAAUUGGUGGAUCCCCAACCAGUAGUCCUGCCAUAGACAGAACCGUGGCGAAGGACGACGAGAAGAGUGAUGGAUCCAGAAAGCAGCCCGGGAGCAGAGCUCCGACCAAUAAUGGUGCUGCCGGUAGUGGCAGCAUGGUGAAGGCCGACGCCAAGGAUGUAGUUGAGGUCUCCAGCAAUAGUUCUGCAAUUGGGUCUGAUAACCAAUCAGUGACUGGAAGCAGAGCUCCGAGCGGUGGUUCUGCUGCUGGAAACAACACUACAGCAAAGGCUGAUGGAAAAGGUGUAGUUGGCGCAGCGAGCAAUGGUUCUGCAGAGAGUGGAACAGUUGCAAAGGCUGAUCUGAACAAUGAGGCUGAUGCUCUGCCAGGGAGUGGGAACGGAGAUGCAUCCCAUAAAUCAUCAGCCAGUUCUGUUCCAGCAAAGAACAAUACAAAAGAUGAUGGCGUUGAGCACAACAAAGUGAGUAGGGAUGUUGCUUCAACUAGUAACCAGAGUGGCAGUCCGGCGAUGCCCGGGGAGAAAGAAGGUGGAUCGUUAAGCAAGAACAAGACCCUUGUAGCAUCACCAAUUUUGAGAAAACAGAACGAGACUAGUGAAGCUUCUUCUGGUGGAAGUGGCAGUAUGGCAAAUAAGAAGGAAACAGCUCCCCUGGGUAGUGCAGGUUCAUUGAAGGAUAAUCCAUCUCAAUCAACCGCCUCAAAAGCUGCAAACCACAGCGAAGUUCUGGUCAAAGGGAAUGGGUCAUCAACUAAACAAGCUGGUGGCUCCAGUGUCAAUAAGAAGGUUGACUGGAUAAAGGAGAUGGCCGGUUGUGAUAUGUUCCAUGGGAGUUGGGUACAGGACAACUCAUACCCUCUCUACCCCGGCGGAUCGUGUCCUCAUAUUGAUGAACCCUUUGACUGCCAUCUCAAUGGCCGGCCAGAUCGAGGUUACCAGAAGCUCCGGUGGCAGCCCAGUGGAUGCAGCAUCCCAAGAUUGAAUCCAACUGAUAUGUUGGAGCGGCUGAGGGGGAAAAGACUAGUGUUUGUUGGAGAUUCACUGAAUAGGAACAUGUGGGAAUCCCUAGUUUGUAUCUUGAGGCAUUCAGUCAGGGACAAGAGGAAGGUUUUUGAGGCGUCUGGCAGGCGUGAAUUUAAGACCGAGGGUUCAUACUCUUUUCUGUUCACGGAUUAUAACUGCAGCGUGGAGUUCUUCCGCUCCCCUUUCCUAGUCCAAGAAUGGGAGAUGCGAGUCAGCAAUGGAAAUAAAAAAGAGACUCUCAGGCUUGACAUUGUCGAGCAAUCAUCGCCAAAGUACAAGGAUGCGGAUUUUAUCAUUUUCAAUACUGGACAUUGGUGGACACAUGAGAAAACUGCUCUAGGGAAAGACUAUUACCAGGAAGGUAAUCACAUAUAUAGCGAAUUAAAUGUCGUGGAUGCCUUUCGUAAAGCUCUUGUCACCUGGUCCAAGUGGAUUGAUGCCAAUGUGAAUCCCAAGAAAACCACAGUGAUGUUCAGAGGCUACUCUGCAUCUCAUUUCAGAUACAAUAUAUUGCUGUGCAUCUCCAUAUGCAGUGGAGGGCAAUGGAAUUCAGGUGGGAGUUGUGACAAGGAGACCGAGCCAAUAAAAAAUGAACAAUACCUUUCAACCUACCCACCAAAGAUGAGCAUUUUGGAGGAUGUAAUCCACAAGAUGAAAACUCCAGUUGUUUACUUGAACAUAACAAGAUUGACUGACUAUAGGAAAGAUGCACACCCUUCAAUCUAUCGCAAGCAACACCUUACUGAGGAGGAGCGGAGAUCGCCUGAGAGAUACCAGGACUGCAGCCACUGGUGUCUUCCUGGAGUACCGGAUUCCUGGAACGAGCUGGUUUACGCUCAACUUUUGAUCAGGCAGCAUCAGAUGCUCCAACAAUAAAGGCUGGUACGGUGAUCAGCAUUUCUGUUGUAUAUGAAAUGUAGUCAAGGAUAAUAAUCAUCAAGAUGAUCCACAUAGAUAGUAAAGCUGCCGGUUGGUGAGAUCUCUCAAUACUCAUACAUUCUUUGGUUAGAGGCUUCAAGGACAAGUUCAUAUUGUAAAGUUCAUGCCAAAAUGCUAAUCAGAAAUAAACAGUAGUAUAGAUAAGAUGAUAUUAAUUUAUAGAAGUGCUUACGUGGUUCUAGCCGUUAUCUUGUGCCUAAUGUAAUACACUAAUACUACAUGGUAUAUUCUUGUUGGGCGUUUUAUUGGUUGGGUUAACCGCCUGAGUUGGACCAUCUCACGUAAGAUGGCAUUUUUGUCCAAUCCGAAAA